UCACGGGUCUCGUGGAGUCGGUGAGCACCUGUGGAGCCGCUGUCGGGCCGGGACGCUGAGGACAGCGGGCCUGGAGCAGGGAAGAAGCUGCAGGAGGGUCGGGAGCAAGCAGGGAACCCGAAAAACCAGCCUAACCAGAUGGAUACAUGUGGAUUCCAAGUUUACCCCCUUGGCUGUGCUCCCCCUAGUCUACAAAAUGGGAUUGUGAAGCGGACCAGACGCUCCUGUGGGCUCCCACAGAGCUUUCACUGUGGAUCAUGGGCGACGACAGACUCUCGGACCACCCCCGGCCUGUGGAAUCUCACAACAUCUGCUUGGGAGACAGUCUGCAGCCCUGCCCAGGAGCAUGCCUGAGGGAGAGGGGCCACAGCCCAGGCCGGGAACACACCUGCACCUUUGACCCUCCGGAACCCACUGGGCCUGGGGCUCCUCCCACAGGCUCUGCUGUGGCGCCUGCUCACUUAGGGAGCUGCUCUUCACAGGGGGACCUCAGGCCGACAGCAGCAUUGCCAGAGGCACAAGGGGUCAGCUGUUCCCUGGGGAGCCCGUCGCAGAACCAGAGUUCGUCCACACAGGUGGUGUUCUGGGCUGGCAUCCUGCAGGCCCAGAUGUGCGUCCUGGACUUGGAGGAAGAGCUGGAGAAGACAGAAGGACUGAGGACCAGGCUGAGGUACUGCCUGCCCACGUCCACUUCAGAACUUCCUGCUGACGCGGGCCUGUGCCCCAGCCCACCUGUGGAGGAGGACUCUGGGGCGGACAGCAGUGGGCCUGAGGUGGAGAACCAAGCCUGGCCCAGGGAAGGAUCUCCAGGCUCCUCCCCGGAGUGGGGUCCCGAGGAGGAGAGCGUGUUCUUCGACAACCCCCUCUUCCUGGAGAGCCCUUGCUCGGACACCAGUGUUUCCAGGGAAUACUUUUCCUGGGGCUUCCCAGACUCCCAGGCAGACGUGAAGCCUGGGCCUGACUGGACACUCCCAGGCAACCACGGGCCCUGGGAGCUGGAAAGUGAGCUGGAUUUGAGGGACAGCACUGCUGGUUCCAGUGGGUGCAUCACCCCUCCGUUCCCUGUGCCUCCCUACAAAUCACACCCCUUUUGCUGGGCGUCGCUGGCCACUGACGAGGGGGCUCCCACACCACCUCCUGCUCAGGAGGAAGACGAGGCUUCUCUGGAAGAUGAGCAUGGCCCUGCCUCCCUUGCAGGGCUCUGUGUAGACAAAACAUUGACCUGGGAGACAGCGCACCUGGAGCUGGACUGUAGCCCUACCACCCAUCCUGGGCAGCCAUGGCAGGUCCUCCCAAGCGCUGAGGGCUGGCAGACAGAAGAGGGUCCUUCCUGGCCCCAGGACAGAGGUGAGAGGGAUGCCAGGCAUCCCCAGGAAGCUGCUCCCUGCACCUUGGUUCCCAGCCCCUGUGGGAGCCCAGCCUCCUCGCCUGACCCUGGCAGCCCUGUGUCUGAGGGCAGAGGCCCCGGCCCCAGGCCCACCUCUGUGUCCUCCCAAGAGGGCAGCCCCCAGCUCCAGCACCACAGCCCUGGCAUUUUCCCCAAGUGGCCACUAGAUGCUUCACACCCUUUGCUCCUGGAAACCGACGGGGUAGAGCCAACUUCCCUGAAGAAAGAUGAGGCUGAGGAGGCCCCAGACGCAGGGCAGGAAGUAGAGAGUGAAGGCACAGCUAGGACUGCGGUGGCUGCAGGCAUCCAGCCCGACAUUCACUGGACUUCUGCAGAAGGGCCUCCCGAGAGCCCCAUGCUGCAGGCAAAGCCUCCCGAGGAAGACCAGAGGCCACCAGCUGGAGACAAGCUGGCAAAUGGGGUCAGGAAUGACAAAGUGGCCUGGAACUUGGCUUCCCGGCUCUAUCACCUGGACGGCUUCCGGAAGUCAGAAGUGGCCGCCUACCUGCAGAAGAACAAUGACUUCAGCAGGGCUGUGGCCGAGGAGUACUUGUCCUUCUUCCAGUUUGGAGGCCAGACCCUGGACUGCGCCCUCAGGAGCUUCCUCCAGGCCCUGGUGCUCAGCGGAGAGACGCAGGAGCGGGAGCGGAUCCUCUACCAGUUUUCCAGACGCUUCCACCACUGCAACCCCGAGGCCUUCCCCUCAGUUGAUUCUGUACACACCUUGACCUGUGCCAUCAUGCUCCUUAACACGGACCUGCAUGGACAGAACAUCGGGAAGAGCAUGAGCUGCCAGGAAUUCAUCACCAACCUGAACGGCCUGCAGGACGGCGGAAACUUCCCCAAGGAGCUGCUGAAGGCCCUCUACUGGUCUAUCCGAAGCGAGAAGCUGGAGUGGGUUAUGGAUGAAGAAGAGGCGGCCAGACCCGAGAAGGCCCGGCCAUCUCCCCCAGCUGGCAAGAUGAGUAACCCCUUCCUGCAGCUGGCUCAGGACCCCACGGUGCCCACCUACAAGCAGGGCAUCCUGGCACGGAAGAUGCAUCAUGACGCGGACGGCAAGAAAACGCCAUGGGGCAAGCGCAGCUGGAAGAUGUUCCACACCUUACUUCGAGGGAUGGUUCUUUACUUCCUGAAGGGAGAGGACCACUGCCUGGAGGGGGAGAGUGUGGUCGGGCAGAUGGUGGAUGAGCCCAUUGGGGUGCACCACGCGCUGGCCACGCCAGCCACCCACUACACCAAGAAGCCGCACGUCUUCCAGCUGCGCACCGCCGACUGGCGCCUCUACCUCUUCCAAGCACCCACAGCCAAGGAGAUGACUUCCUGGAUCGCACGUAUCAACCUGGCAGCGGCCACACACUCGGCACCGCCCUUCCCCGCGGCCGUGGGCUCCCAGCGCCGAUUCGUGCGGCCCAUCCUCCCAGUUGGCCCGGCGCAGAACUCCCUGGAGGAGCAGCAUCGAUCCCACGAGAACUGCCUGGACGCUGCCUCGGACGACCUGCUGGAUCUGCAGAGGAACUUACCUGAGCGGCGCGGGCGCGGGCGCGAGCUGGAGGAGUACCGCCUGCGGAAGGAGUACCUGGAGUACGAGAAAACCCGCUACGAGACAUACGUGCAGCUGCUGGUGGCUCGCCUGCACUGCCCCUCCGGGGACCUGGAUCUCUGGGAAGAGCGGCUGGGGAGGGAAGCUGAAGAUGCCCGGGAACCCAAACCCAGCCUGAAAAAGUCCCACUCGAGCCCCUCCCUGCACCAGGAUGAGGCCCCCACCACCGCCAAGGUGAAGCGCAACAUCUCCGAGCGCAGAACCUACAGGAAGAUCAUCCCCAAGCGGAACCGCAAUCAGCUGUGAAGCCGGUGCCAACUCACAGACACUGGCCCUUCUCUGGGGCAGACUGAGACCCUGGCCCGCAGAGGCGCCUCAUUUCACUGGGUCCGCAAUGAGGCCGCAGGCGCCUCCCUUCUCUGCUGAGGGGCAGCGCUUGUUUCCCUGUGGCCCCAUUCAUUCCCCAGCUCACUGGAGCUUCCCUAAUGCCGCUGUGCCUGCCCACCACUGCCAUGGCAGUCGCUGCUGAGCCCAGCCCUGGCCACUCCUGAGGGAAGAAGGAGGUGGAAUGAGGACUGGGCUCCGCUCCCAGCAUUCAUCCUGUCACCCCCGUUCCUCAGAACCAGGGUGACUUCAUUUCCGGUGCUCACUUUAACCUGGAGGAGGGCUCAGGACAGGCCAACCAGGAGAGCCCCAGCCCUGAGGACUGUUAGGUAACCCACCAGAGAGGCCCAGAGAACAGGGAAAACAGAGCAGCGACUCUUGAGAACCCAAGUGACCCCAGGGAGCGGUGUCUCCCAGCCCUGCCCACUAGGGGGCAGCCUUCUGGCAGGGACCUCAGCAAGCUUGUCUGGGAGCCGCAGGCUCUGCACCUUUGUCUCCCUGGCUCCUUCCCCUAGAGCUGUCCAUGCUGCAGGCGCACGAGAGAACCUGAUGCUCAGCUGCUGGUCAGUGGAGUGCAGCAAGGGCCUCUGGGGCUCUGGAGAACCCUGGAGCGCCGGGAACAGGGCCCCUUUGUUUCCGAGAGCAGAGAAGGUGGUUCUCCAGGUGCAGCCAGCUGGCAAGGGUGGAGGGUGAAAGGUGAGCACAGAUCCCUGAGGGGUUCUACCUGGCCAGAGCUGCAGCUGUGAGGUGUGUAGGAUAGGAUGGACGCUGGGGACCAGGGCCUUGGCCAGGCAUGGAAGACACUUCAUGCAUCCCUUUCUGCACACCCCUCACAGCUGCACUGCUGAGGGCACCAGGACACCUUCCUCCCCCUAGCCACUUCCCCCAGGCUCUGCUGCCCUCCCAGGAAGUCCCCUCGUCCUGUCCUCUGGCUGCCUCCCAGCCGGACCUGUUCUCCAGGGGAGGUUCCGAGACCAGGGACUUGGGGCCCUGCCUGUGGGAAGGAGGCUGGGCUGGAGGGAGCCACCACCAUUGUUUCUGUUCAGCCAAGUGUACCAGUGGGCUGCCUGCCCGCUGCCCUGCAGCUGCCACACGGCCUCUCCUGCCUUCCUGCUGGGCCACCCACCUCCCUCCAGAUAAUGCCUGCCGCAGUGUGGGGCUGGCCUCGGGAGCCCCGAAGUUGCCUCUGGCCAGGGCCUGAGCUGGGCCAUGCACCCAAUGGGUGUGCAGUAAAUACAGGCGAACAGAGAAGGAAGUGUGCAUAAGUGUGUGGUGCGGGGAGGGGCAGCUGGGCACACCUGCAGUGUGGCAGGCUGUGUCCUCCUGUGCGGCGGGAACGUUCCUGCGCGUGUGUAGCAUGCUCUGUGUGUUCUUGCGAAGUCACAGGCUGUCAAAGGUGGAUGGAAGCUCAGAAUCAUUUUCUCACACGCUCAUUGAUUUCACAAAUACUCCUGGAUACUCCACACGCCCCAGUACUAGGCAGUCUGGAGGUGAAUGAAACAUGUCCCCGACUCUGUGAGUUGAUAGUCCGCUCGCUGUUGCCCAGCUGUCAGGAUAGAGAUGCAGUUUGUCUUUCUGGGAAGACAAUUCCUGUCUCCCACCCAGGGAUUCUGCCUCGGGGGGCCUGUUGGGCCGAAGGCUGUGUGGGUUUAAAGCUCCUUGCAUAACUGAGGUGUAGUCGCAGUGAACGGCUGUUCACGAGUCCAGGAAUCUCAUUUUACUGAGGUGUAAACUCAGCGUCGUGCCUUGGCCCAGGUCUGAUGUGUACAAGCAAAAUGGGCUUGAGUGGGUUUUUUGACCUCCUUGACUGUGUGUCCUUAUUUAUACCACCACAAUAAAAGGUACGGGUUUGUCUAA